AUGACUCCUUUCAGCCCUCAAGAUAUAGAGGAUCUGAUUGGCACAGCUCUGAUCUACCAGUACAUGUUUACCAAGAGUACGUCACCCUGGGAGAGGUCCCAUUGGACGGAUCGCGAACUGGAGGGAUUUGAGAUCGAUUUAGAGGCCGUGGAUCGCCUCUAUUACGUUCAUCAUGCUGAUGAUGGAGUGUCUGGGAGGGAAUUUGAGUUCGCUGGCAGGAUGGAGUACCAUAACCAUCCUGUUUACGUCAAGAUGUCAGCCGGGUGUGACUUCACAGGCUUCGAUUGUCAAGGAGGAGGCAGCAUCUACAUCUCCCGUGAUGCUCAGAUAUUUCUUGAGGCCAUCCUAGAGGAUGAGUACCAGCCUCGCAGCAUCCUACAAGCCAUGCUGCAGGAUGGUUUGCAGGUGCACGAACCUGCAGCCGUCGGUAGAACGAAGGAUGAGGCCUGCUUGCUGUACGUCAACUUGCAGGAUUACAGCUGAUGCCUACGUGCCGUUGCUAAGGAUGGAUGCAACCUUAAUAUACAUCCUGGAGAAGGAUGGCGAAGACUGGAACAAGUCUACGCAUCCUGGAGAAGGCUGGCGAAGACUGGAACAAGUCUACGCAUCCUGGAGAAGACUGGCGAAGACUGGAACAAGUCUACGCAUCCUGG